GGAAGGUGACGUCACGUCUAUUCCAAUAUGGCUUCAAAGCCAACAGAACUUCGGAAAGUGGUUGAAACGACACUGAACACGUCAGCUCCAGUGUCUGCUGAAGGUGUCAGAUUGAAGGGUUACCCAAUUCAAGUUGUCACAUUUGACGAAGACCAUGCCUUUAAUCUAGAUUUAGAAGCACUAGAGAAGGUGCUGCUGCAGAACAAGAUUAAGGAUAAACAGGUUGUGGUGGUCUCAGUGGCUGGAGCUUUCAGGAAAGGAAAGUCUUUUCUUUUGGACUUCUUUCUGAGAUAUCUAAAUGCAACACCUGAUGCACAGGCAAGUGAUGAAUGGCUGGGAGAUGACAACUCUCCAUUGGAAGGUUUCAGUUGGAGAGGAGGCUCAGAAAGGGAUACCACUGGGAUUCUUUUGUGGAGUGAAGCUUUUGUGUCAAGGCUCCCAAAUGGACAAGAGGUGGCUGUACUUUUGAUGGACACUCAAGGAGCAUUUGAUAGUCAGUCCACAGUGAAAGACUGUGCUACAGUAUUUGCACUGAGUACUAUGCUCAGUUCUGUUCAGGUAUUUAACAUAUCUUCAAACAUACAAGAAGAUGAUUUGCAACAUCUGCAGCUUUUUACAGAAUAUGGAAGACUAGCAUUAGCAGAUACAUCAGCAAAGCCAUUUCAGUCUUUAGAGUUUUUAGUCAGAGAUUGGAGUUUCCCAUAUGAACAUGAUUUUGGAGAAAAGGGUGGAAAUGGAUUGCUAGAAAAACGUUUAGAGUUGAAAGCUAGACAACACGAAGAAUUACAGUCUCUUCGCAAGCAUAUCAGGUCCUGUUUUGAAAAGAUUGGCUGUUUCUUGCUGCCGCACCCAGGACUAAAAGUUGCCACCAACCCUCAUUUUGACGGCAGAUUGGCAGAUAUUGAAGAGGAAUUCAAAAAACAGCUUAAAAUGUUAGUGCCAUUAAUCCUUGCUCCAGGAAAUUUGAUCACAAAAGAAAUAAAUGGGGCUAAAGUCACAUCUAGAGAACUGGUAGAGUACUUCAAAGCUUAUAUCAUUGUAUUCAAAGGAGACGAACUCCCAGAACCCAAGUCUAUGCUGCAGGCUACUGCGGAAGCAAAUAAUUUAGCUGCUGUUGCAAAUGCAAAAGCAUUAUAUGUAAAGGAAAUGGAAAAGAUUUGUGGUGGAGAUAGACCAUAUCUCAGCUCGGAACAGUUAGACAGAGAUCAUGACAGUAUCAAACAGCAAGCAGUGGAACUCUUCUGCAGUGCUAAGAAAAUGGGAGGAGAUUCAUUCAGCAGUGCCUAUCAGGAGAAACUAGAGGAAGAAAUCCUUGAAGCCUAUGAGAACUUUGUCAAAGCAAAUGAGUCCAAGAAUAUUUUCAAGCACGCACGCACCCCUGCCACCUUUGGGGUGGUGCUUGUUGCGGCCUACUUCUUGUCUGGACUUUUUGGCUUUUUGUACAUGGACACCAUAGCUAAUCUGUUUACUGGUAUUGUAUAUUUGAUUAUACUUGUGGUCACAUUUUGGGCCUACGUCAGGUACAGUGGUAACUACCGUGACAUAGGACAACACAUAGAUUCUGCAGCAGAAGGAAUAUGGGAACAGGUGCUUUCCCCAGCAUAUGCACACUUCAUGGCUCAAAGUUUAAAGCAUGCAACCAACACCAAGUUGAAAUCAAACUAAGGAAUGGCAGGAAAUCAGCAAUGAAAUUAUAUUGAAAUUGAAGCUAAUCACUUCCCUGUUCAAAUUGGAAUAAACAGUAGUGAUUGUUGUACAUGGCAGCAGAGAACCAUACUGAUAGAAGAACCAGCUAUUUGCUAUGCACUACAUUUUGACUCUGAAUUUGUUCCCAGAUCUUAUGCUUUCAUGGGCUGCCCACAGUGUUGUUUCUUUUUUUGAUAUUUUGCUGGGAUGUAUUCUCAACAUUUCUCUCUUUUUUUCUGGAUGUUGUACUGUUUUUGUAACUUGUUGCAGUUGGCCAGUCAGCUUCAGUGUUUUGAAAUACUCGCUCACUGGAUUUUAGCAUUCCUCAAUUCAGAGAGUAGACAAAAGAAUGAAGGUGUACUUAUUUCCAUUGACUUCAUCUUGGUUUGUGAGGUACAGACUGUUAGUUAUUAGCAUAUUUAUUGGUAACUUGUGACAGACUGAAAAUUUGUGUUGAUGAAUUGUAAAUUAUUUACAGAGAAAUUUGUUGACAAUUUAUGCCCAUUAUAAUUAAGAAAAUAAUAGAUGUUAAAAUUACGAUGAUAAAAUCCAGUAACUAAGGAAAGUGCAAAGACUUAUGAUCCCAGAAAACUGUGGGUUCAAUUCCUUUCCAGUUUUGCAAAAAUCAGCUCACUCUAAUCUUAAUACAGUCUUGUAACUACAGUAUGGACUUAAUUAAAUGAGCAUUGAGUUAGAUAUUUUUCCUCUGCUGAGGGUAAGCAACAAAACAAAUUUCUUUAAAAGAAUUUACCUUUUUAUGUACAUAAAGGAAAUUAGUUUUCUAAAUUUACAAAUUUAGCUUACUGCUGAAAUGACACUUGUAAGUAUUUCCAUGCAUUGAUACUGUUUUGAUGCCUAUUUAUUCCUAUAUGUUAGUAAUAGAAUAUGAAGAUUACAUUCAUAUUAUCGAAGAGAAUGAUAAACACCCAUUUGUCAUCGUUAAACAUUUAAUGUUUGAGAUAAAAAUAUCAACAGGUGCUGUGACACAAGCUUAAGGUGCUGAUGCAUAGUAUAACAGAUUUUUUUAUCCCUGGUUAAUCUUAUGAUAACUAGAAUAUUAACUAUGUAUAACUAUGCACUCUUUUGUAUAUAACACACUCUCAUUUAUUGUUUCUUUACAGAAGGAUUUUGUGUUUAUCUUAAUUAGUGAUGCUGGUUCAGUCUGUAGUCAAAUCA